AACGGACUUCUCGUCACCAUCUUCUUUCAAGACACAGACUAAACAAUUCUCUCUCUCUCUCUCUCUCUCUCUGCCAUUAAAGCAUCACGAGCCAUUCUGAGCUUCUGGCGAACCCUAACAAUCAUGAAGACGAUGAGGAGCACGAAGCCGCUGAAGCCACUCAAGCUCUCGGUCCCCGUCCAGGACGCCCCGAUAGCCUCCUUCUUGACUGCAAGUGGCACAUUCCAUGAUGGCGAUUUGCUGUUAAAUCACAAAGGUUUGCGGCUCGUGUCUGAAGAAAAAGAUUCUCGACCUUCCAAUGGUAAGGAAUUUGACCUUGACUUCUCGUUGGAAGACCUUGAGACUAUCAAAGUCAUAGGAAAGGGAAGUGGUGGUGUGGUACAACUUGUUCGCCAUAAAUGGGUUGGAAACCUAUUUGCCCUGAAGGUCAUCCAGAUGAAUAUACAAGAAGAGAUCCGUAAACAGAUUGUACAAGAGCUAAAGAUAAAUCAAGCUUCUCAAUGUCCACAUGUAGUGAUUUGCUACCACUCGUUCUACCACAAUGGAGCUUUCUCCUUGGUGUUGGAGUACAUGGACCGUGGAUCCUUGGUUGACGUGGUUAGACAAGUUAAGACUAUCCUAGAACCGUAUUUAGCAGUGGUCUGUAAGCAGGUGUUACAAGGUCUUGUUUAUUUGCACAAUGAGAGACAUGUAAUACACAGGGAUAUAAAACCAUCCAAUCUGCUUGUGAACCACAGAGGUGAAGUGAAGAUUACAGAUUUCGGGGUCAGUGCAAUGCUAGCAAGCUCAAUGGGUCAACGAGAUACAUUUGUUGGAACGUACAAUUAUAUGUCGCCUGAGAGGAUUAGCGGAAGUACAUACGACUACAGCAGUGAUAUCUGGAGUUUGGGUAUGGUAGUACUUGAAUGUGCUAUAGGACGCUUUCCUUACAUGCAAUCCGAAGAUCAGCAAGGCUGGCCAAGUUUUUAUGAGCUUUUAGAGGCAAUUGUCGAAAGCCCACCACCUUCUGCUCCGCCAGAUCAGUUUUCCCCAGAGUUCUGCUCAUUUGUAUCUUCCUGCAUACAAAAGGACCCUCAACAAAGGUCUUCAUCUCUGGACCUUUUGAGUCAUCCUUUCAUAAAAAAGUUUGAAGACAAAGAUAUCAAUCUCGGGAUUCUCGUAGGUAGCUUGGAACCUCCUGUGAGUUUUCCGAGAUAUUAAGCUGCGGGUGUUUAUGGAAUGAACAUCCUCUUGCUCAUAUGUAUCCAUCAUCAUCUGCGUGGUUGAAAAUUUGAACAGCGUUACUUCGCUUGAGCAAUUGAGCAGAUGAUGAUAUAACUCUCUUACAUAUAGAAAGAGCAUACUGAGGUUCUGUACUCAAGAUUCUACCUUGUACUUAAUCCUACCAGCAUAAGUAAGCUUACCCGGGACGUAUUUGUUUUGGCUCCUAACCUUAAAGAGCUGAUUCCGAAAGAAGAAGAAGAAGAAGAAGAAGAAGAAGCAAAGCAAGAAGACAGGCAUCUGUAAUCCAUGCUUAGCCCUUAUAAUCCAUCUUCAUUACCAUUUUCUGUUCAUGAACGCGAGAAGACAGGCAGAUGCCUCAAGCUUUUGCUGAUAUUAGCCAUUGAACAAAUUGUUCGGUUACACUAGUCCACAUUGCUUUUCUU